UUAUUGUAUUUUGUUACUAUAUUUUCAAUGAUUUUCAUCGAAUUGUUCUGCUGUUAAUAGAAAUCAUGAAUUUAUGUUUCUAUUGAAACUUCUGUCAACUUUUAUCUCUCAAUGUGCAAUGAUUAUAAAGUCAAGCCGUUUCUCUUUCAAAAAUUUUCUUAAUUUCCUAAAGCAUAUCUAGAACAAUCGAAAAUAUUCUAUAACCAAAUAAGAUUUGGAAGAAACUUUAGCUAGAAGUGAUGACGGUGACCAAGAAUAGAAGCCGCUUUCUUCCGACGAACUGUCAGACAUUGAAAAUUUUGAGAAUCAACAUGAAAAUAUUGCAGAAUAAUUAUAAUGGCUUAAAGCCCAUAGUGGGCUUUACAAUUUUAACUUAAUAAAUAUGGUAAUCAAAUCAAGUGUUUUUUUCCUCUAAGCGUGGACAACAAAUUUGUUAUAAACCAUUUUACACCUUCUCGUUUAUUUUCCGACGAAACUUUCUGUUUCUUGUCUUUUCCUUCACUCUGGUUACUCAUCUUUUUGUUUUAGGCCUGUCGCGUCUUUUAUACCAUCGUGAUUCCAUUACAUCAUAUUGUAUACUAGAGAGUUUCUUCCUUUUCUCCAUACAUACCCCAACUACUUAACUCGAUGAACUUUGAUUUUUCUUCGUCGCUGAGUUCGUCAGUUAUUUCUCGGUUCGUUCAUAUUCUAUAUUAUCUUCCAUUAAUUUUUACUGAGUUGAUUGUUGCUCUGAUUACCUUCCUUUCCGUUCUCAAUUUCUCCUUAUCAUUGCUUGUUACUGUCAUUAUUUCAGAUGAAUACUUAAUUAUUAAUCAUAGUUUCGUAUAUAUUGAUCUUCGUUCAUUUUCCGAGUAGUUUCAAACCAUUUAUUUGUGAAUACAGAGUGAAAACCUGCCUCCCCAAGUACUAUUUAUCUGAAGGCUGCAAACUAAUUUAAAAAGAAGAAAAUAGGAAAAUGUCAAUUUCAAAUUAACCUGAAUUUCAAAAAUAAAUAAGCCGUCUUAUCUAUUCCAAUUACUUACAACUAUAUAUGUAAUAAUAAUAAGUAUUACAUAUUUGCUAAGAACAUAGAACUAGAAUGCCGCAAGGAAGAAGAAAAAUUCCAUUUAGUGGAAAAGCAAAAAAGGAACAGAUUAAAGCAAAAAAACAGUCAAAAGAUAGUUUUCAGAAGAAACCAUUCCUUCUAAAAAAGGAUGAAGAUAUAGAUGAAGCUUCAGUAAAUGUUGAGAAAAUAAACUUCCAACCUACUAAAGGUAGUGGGUCAAAACCCAACAGAUAUGCUUUACAAUUUUUCAAAGAAAGUGCAGAAGACAUAAAAAGACAAAAAGAAAUUGCCAGGCAUACUCUAGAAUUGAAAGAUGAAAAAGAUUUGGAAGUAGAUGGAAACCAAUUUUUUGAUAAGGUCUUAGAUUUUCCCAAAAGACCACCUUGGGAUUAUAGUUUGGAAAAAACCCAGUUGGAAGCACAAGAACAACGAUAUUUUACAGAAUAUGUAAAAGGAAUUCAGGAAAAAUUUGAUUGGAAGGAACUAAGUUUAUUUGAACUGAAUAUAGAAACAUGGAGGCAGCUUUGGAGAGUUAUUGAAAUGUCUGAUGUUAUUUUAUUUAUUGUUGAUAUUAGAUUUGCAGCGUUGAUGUUUCCUCCAUCUUUAUAUGAUUAUGUUACAAAUGAACUCAAAAAAGAUUUUAUUCUAGUGAUAAACAAAAUAGAUUUAGCUCCAGCAAGUUUAGUGGUAGCAUGGAAACAUUAUUUCCAAGAAAAAUUCCCAAAUUUACAUAUUGUUAUGUUUACGACUCUACCAUAUUAUAAUUUAAUUGGGAAACAAUCCAAUAUUUCAGGUCUUCAAAUUCGUAGACGUAGAGGUAGAAUGCGUAUGGCAGCAGAAGGAGCUCAACAAAUCUUGGACAUUUGUAAGAAACUUACCGAAAGCAAAGUAGAUCUUACUUCUUGGCAGAAUAAAAUCAAAACUGAAAUGGAUAUUGAAUAUGAUGAUGAAGAUGAAAAGGUCAAUGUAGAAGAAGUUAUUCAUUUAAAAAAUGUCGAUACUGAAUACUUUCAAUAUGAAAAAUUUAAUAAAGGUAUACUAACAAUAGGUUGUGUAGGUCAACCCAAUGUAGGAAAAUCGUCUUUAUUGAAUGCUUUAAUGGGAAAGAAAGUGGUCAGCGUUUCAAAAACUCCAGGUCAUACGAAACAUUUUCAAACAAUUUUUUUAACACCGAAUGUUAAAUUAUGUGAUUGUCCUGGUUUGGUUUUUCCUUCAAAAAUUCCGAAACCACUGCAGGUGUUAAUGGGAAGCUUUCCUAUAGCUCAAUUGAGACAGCCCUAUACUACUAUCAAGUAUAUAGCAGAGAGAAUAGACUUAGUUAGUUUAUUGAAGAUUGAUCAUCCGACAAAUGAUGAUACUUGGUCAGCUAUGGAUGUGUGUGAUGGCUGGGCUAAAAAGAAAGGAUUCUAUACAGCUAAAGCAGCUCGCUUGGAUUCUUAUCGAGCGGCUAAUAGUUUAUUGAGAAUGGCUCUCGAUGGAAAAAUUUGUCUUUCUCUCAGACCACAAGGUUAUACAGAACGUAAAGAAUUUUGGUCAUUUCAUCCUGAUAUUGAAGUAGUAAAGUGGAUUCAAGGUAAACAUUCCGGAGCUGAGCCCAAUAUCGAGGAAAAUAUAUACGAAAGUGAUAUUUCCGAUGAAUACUUACCAGAUGAGAGACCUGAAGUAGAAACGAAUUCUAAUGAAGAUAGUACUAGUGAAGAUGAAGAAAUUGAAACUACGGCUAAUAAAUUUGCAGCUUUAGGUUCAGAUAUAUGAAUCAAAUUUGUUCUAUUAAUUUACUGAAAUAAAUGUUUUUUUUCGAUUU